GCGAGGGCGUGGGGCUCACGAGCCCCGGACACGCUCUCCCUCUCGCUGUUCCUGCUUCCGUGGGUCUGAAAGAGAGAGAGAGAGAGAGAGAAUCCAUGGAAGGACUGAGCGAAGAAGACAAGCGAGCUCUUCGCGGGAGCAAGUUCGCGCCUCUACCUUCCUUGCCGCCCCCUUCUCGACCCAGGUUGGCGCAUCCCGGUGGGGCCAUCAGGACGAACAAAGCGGCGGCUCUGGCCAAGUUCCUGGAGCGCAAGCUGCAGGAGCCGCAGGGGUUGGCGUCCAUCGACCCCAAUCUCGUCGAGCUCGCCGUCAAGAAUGCCAAAGACUGUGCCACUGCAAGCAGUAUCUCAACUUCAGGAAAAAUAAUCAGACAUGUUGAUUCCUUCGAUGAUCCUCAGGAUCAUUUCGAUGCAGGACAAACUGGAACUAGUACAGAGACGAACAGCAAUAGGAAGAAUAAGAAAAUGAUGAAGAAGGAUAAGAAAAAGAAGAAGAAUAAGAAGGAUGAUAAGAAGAUCAAGAAAAGAAAGUUUUGCCAAUUUGGAAGUUUAUUUCAUUGUAGAUACCAGAAGAUGUUGUAUGUUCUGUGAAGAAGAAGUCCAAGAAGAUGAAGUUGAAAUUGUGAGGGGGGAUGAUUUUCAUGGUAAAGCAGAAACAAAUUGAAGUACAAAUCCAGUUGCGCUAAAUUGCGAAUCUCCCGGAGGAAACACAAAUGUCGUUUCCUAAGGUAAUUUGAGGAUCUAGUGGCGAAAACUAGGACAAGUCAAAUGCAAAGGCUCUUUCCCCCAUAUGUGCUGUUUCAUUGAAUGUUUUUGCGACAUUGAAACAGUUGUUUACCUGCACAUUUCAGUAGUUCCUCAGGUAACAACUAGAUUUUUAGUUCAUUCUUUUGGAGAAGAUGGUAGUCACGUAUUUGGAAAUGAGUACUUGGGGAAUUUGUUUUCGGCCUAUGAAGAGCAAUUUAGACAGCUUUUUCUUACCA